AUGCACACGAGAUCUCAGGGUACACCGCCUUUCGGAUUACUCUGUUAUCAAAGAAGGAAAGGGUCAGGAAGUUCAACCGGGUUUGAAGUUCAACAGGAUUCGCCGAGUCCAAUCAGAGAUAACCCAUUAUUUGAGAGUAGUGACAGUGAUCUAGAAGCUGAAUCAAUGGCUGAGAACAAUGAGAUUCCACCACCCGCGGUGAGGUUUGGUGACACUCUCAGGUCGGGAGUCGACUUUCUAGGAGAAUUCGCCUACGCGAAUGACAACGUGAACAUUCCUCCUCAUUACAUUAGCUUGGUGAACGGGGGAAAUCUCUUCCAUGGGCGAGACGAUGAGGAUCCAAUGAGCCACCUCAACGCGUUCUACGAAUUGACGAACUCUCAUCGACCCCCGAAUGUGGACCAUCAUCAGAUUAAGAGGGCCUUAUUCCCUUUCUCACUGAGGGAUAAAGCACGGGCAUGGUAUGAUUCUAUUCCGGGAUACAACAUAGCCACAUUCCAAGAGUUGAAGAUGUUGUUCCUCCUGGAAUAUAACUCUCCGAUGAAGAUUGAGAAGUUGAGAGAGGAGAUCACUACCUUCCGACAGAAAUAUGAUGAGUCUUUUGCGGAAGCGUGGAAGAGGUUCACUGAAUUGCUUAGGAAAUGCCCGAGCCAUGGUCUUGCUCCAGGGCAUGAGCUACUCAAGUUCUACAAGGGACUCAAUAAUGAAGGCACGGGCUUGGUGACUGCAGGCUCUAAUGGGAACUUGGACGACUUAACUCACGAGGAAGUGAGAGCCCUGUUCCAAAGGUUGGCGAACAACCAAAGGAAUUGGCAUAAUCCGAGAAGAGCGGCCGAUAAGAUGGGAGAUACAUUUGGUGCUACAAAGGAUGCGGAAAGAGUGACUGCAAUUGAGGCUCAACUGGCGGACAUUAGCACCCAGAUGUUGUCGAUGACGAAGGCAGUUAAAUCCCUUCAACUGACUCCUCAACCCCAAGCUGUGACGGUGAUGAGAUGUGGGUUGUGCCAAGGUGGGCACCAUACUGAUCAGUGCCCUAGUCUUCAAGGACCACCCGUGGAGGAUGUGAACUAUAUUGGCAACAAUCGCCAAGGGUUCAAUCAAGGCAACCAAUACAACAAUCAGCAAAAUUGGAGGCCUCAACAAACGGGAUGGAAUCAGGUUGGUCCUAGCAACAACUCGGGCAAUCAAUGGAGGAACAACACUCAACCGCCGGGUUAUGAGAAGAAGACAACCGUCGAGGAUCAGUUGGGGCAGAUUCUCUCGUUCAUGACUAAAAGUCAAAAAGAGAAUGAGAAUUUCAAGGAGAAGACGGUGGAAAGAUUUGGUCAGCUCGAAGCUUCAAUGAGGAAUCUCGAGACUCAAAUUGGACAGAUAGCUACAGCAUCCCAUACGAGAAUUCCUAACGCCAUCCCGAGUGAUACGGUGCCCAAUCCUAAGGGCUAUGAGCAGUGCAAGGCGGUUAAGCUAAGAAGUGGCCGCAAGUUAGGUUCGACACCAGUAAUUGACGGCCAAGAUUUUAUCCCGCCCCCACCUUUCCCAGUCGAGAAUAAGAAGAAGGGUAGAAAAAUAAUUCAAGAGAAAGGACUCGAUUGGAUGAUGAACAUUAUCAGGAAAGUUAAUGUAGAUGUGUCCCUGGUGGAUUUGUUCCUACACUUUCCUAAAUUCUCCAAGUUUUUUAAGGAUCUUAUCGCGAAAAAGGAGAAGAUACAAGACGAUGGUGUGGUGAUAUUGAGCGCAUUUUGCUCACAAUUUGUGAAGGGAAAGAUGCCGGCAAAGAGAAGAGACCCUGGAAGCUGUGUGAUCCCAUGUGAGAUGGGAGAUAAGAAGUUCCCAAAGUGCCUACUUGAUCAAGGCUCGGGAAUAUCAUUGAUGGCUCUGAAAACCGCACGGUCAAUCGGUCUAGAAGCGAGGAUUGAACCAAUCGACAUUGACCUACAAUUGGCGGAUCAUUCAAUUGUGAAACCAAAAGGGAUCAUCGAGGAUGUCUUGGUGAAGGUUGAGAGAUUUGUACUCCCGGUUGACUUCAUUGUCCUAGAGAUGGAAGAGGACAAGGAUAUGCCUAUCCUCUUUGGUAGGCCAUUUUUAGCAACCGGUGAUGUUGUGAUAGAGACCAAGACAAAUACGGUCAUGUUUCGAGUAGAUGGAGAAAAUGUGGUGAUCAAGCAAGAGAAGGCGGGGAAGCGCCUAUUGGAGCCUGGAUAG